ACGAAUGGAAAAAAAGGUUACAAACGAUCCAAGUCCGGAACAGUUUUGGGCAGUGCAGGAUGAAGUUUUUUUCAAUAUGCAAGGCAAAAUAUACCAACAAAUCAUGGGGAGCAAAAAGAAUAAAGGAUGUACUAGGUCUUCAGAUGGGAGAAACUAGUAUAAGAAAAUAUGUGUCCAAUUUUUUAUACGACAAAGACUUGGACAGUAUAUUUUACAGGAGCACGACUGUUACUGAAUUCCACAGAAAAGUCUUGUCAAAAGGUGAACUUUUGGAAGAAAUUCAAAAAAAUCACAAAACUGAUCAUAGAAAAAGUGAUACGGUAUACGAAACUUUGAGGAAGUCUUUUUUCCCAGUAGUUCGGGAAAAUAUUCGUUUACUGUUUAAGCUGAACAUUAAAUGCCAACAGUACCUAUCGGCAGUUGAUUUACCUAAAACUCAAAGAACAAGAAGGCCAAUUCCAGCAACCUAUCCUAAUAGUAGAUGGCAAAUGGACCUCAAGAAGAUGCCUCCGUCACAUGGUUACAAUUACAUAUGCAAUAUUGUAGAUUGCUACAGCAGAUUUGCAUUCGGUGGGUCCAUUAAGCACAAAACAGCAAAAGAAGUUGCUUCAGUGAUAUUGAAAUUUAUAUACAUUUUUGGACCACCUAGGAUUUUACAAACUGACAAUGGAAAGGAGUUUAAUAAUGAAGACUUAACAAAAGUUAUGGCAGAAUUUAAAACAAGAAAAAUUAACGGAAGGCCUUACCAUCCCCAAUCACAAGGUCGAGUUGAAAGGUUUAACAGAACAGUUGUCGCCUACUUCAGAACAGCUUUUGUUGAUAGUCGGGACUGGCCAAGUAUGCUAGACGAGUUUUACUAUAAGUACAAUAGCAGAGUAAAUAAAUCUACCAAACCUUUGACACCAUACCAGAGAUUUUAUAAAAGACCAAAUUUCUGUGUUGCGUUAGAAGAUCAGGUACCAAUAUGCAAUUUGACAUCAGAAGAAAAAGCAUUUUUGGAUAGUGCACACCUGGAUGUAGAAGAUAAUGUUGAUACGGAAGAAUUAACAGUAGAAAAUACAGUAGUCAAUGAAAAUAGUCAGCAAAGACAGCUCGAUCUUCAGAAAGUAGCUGAACAGCAUGAAUUAAAUGGUGAAGUCAACAAAAAAACAUCACAUGAUACAGUAAACGAGGAACAUAGUUUUAGUGUUGACAGUUUAAAACAAACGGAACACGUUAAGGACAGAAGCACUACACUUCAAUCUGCGCAUACAGAUGGGGUAUCCAUUGUACCAGUACCAGAGUGUGCACAUAUGAACGAGUUAUCUAUUGCGCCCUCACAAGAGAGACAAUUGUCAAAUCAGGAGUAUAUGGAAAAUCUGUGGAGACAGAAACUAGAAAAGAUUGCCCCGGUAGAAAAAAGAAGUAACAUUUACAAUGAAGCACCUUUGACUGACACUACAAACUCACAGAUGGCUCGCAACACUGAUAUGAUGCAUGGAACACCUUUGACUGACACUUCAAACUUACAGAUGGUUCGCAACACUGAUAUGAUGCAUGGAACACCUUUGGCUGACACUACAAACUCACAGAUGGUUCGCAACACUAAUAUGAUGCAUGGAACACCUUUGGCUGACAUUAGAAAUCCACAGAUGGUUCGCAACACUGAUAUGAUACAUGUAACACCUUUGGCUGACACUAAAAACUCACAGAUGGUUCGCAACACUGAUAUGAUGCAUGGAACACCUUUGGCUGACACUAGAAACUCACAGAUGGUUCGCAACACUGAUAUGAUGCACGGAACACCUUUGGCUGACAUUACAAACUCACAGAUGGUUCGCAACACUGAUAUGAUGCAUGGAACACCUUUGGCUGACAUUACAAACUCACAGAUGGCUCGCAACACUAAUAUGAUGCAUGGAACACCUUUGGCUGACAUUACAAACUCACAGAUGGUUCGCAACACUGAUAUGAUGCAGACUGAAGUAAGCCCGUAUUACCGGGAAAUAUAUGCUAAAAGAUUGUUAGCCAAUGCAAUGCAGACCAAUUCAAACAAACGGAGAUAUUCUGGUUCCAAUAUUUACACUGAGAACAGAGAAGCAUGGGAUAGGGAUUUGUAUCCUGUUGAGUUGUUUCCUAGGAAGCCACAAGUGAUGGAAAUGCAAACAUUUAAUCCAAAUAUUAAUGACACAAUAGAUUUUAGACCAAAUUCAGAACUUAGCGCAGGAACAAAUGUAUUUCUGUCAGGGUAUUGGAAGAAGGGGAUAAUAAUGGACAUUCAGAUGGAUGAUUCUAAAGGGAGAGUGUACACAGUGAAAGACCUUGAGAACAAUAAAAUCCACUGUUUAUCGAAAUACUUAAUUCGUCCUAAUUUGCUGUAUUAAAUAUUCAUUCAUUGCAUAUUGCAUGAAUUUAUGCACUUAAAUUGAAAUUGUUUUAUUUUUUCUACCUACUUAUAGUCAGUUUGCUAAAAUCUUUCUUUUAUUGAAGAAGUUUAAAUAUAUAAGAAGAUGUGGUAUGAGUGCGAAUGACAUAACUGUCAAUCCAAGCUGCAAUGUGUAAAGUAAACCAUUUCAAGUUAAAAUACGGCCUUCAACACAGAUAAUAGGUUCACUCAGAACAGCAAUAACUCGUGUUAAACAAUUCAAACGGAAAAACCUACAGUUUUGUAUUUAUAUAAAACAUAUUUAGCUUUCUAAUCAUUGUUACAGGCAUACCAUUGCACUUCAGCGUAUUUGUUUUAAAUAAUUUAUCUUUAAAAUGUAACUGUCGCACUUUAGCGUGGACCAUCGCACUUCAGCGUAACCACCAUCGCACUUCAGCGUAGCUAUUAACAAGUUAACGUCACAAAGUUACCAUCGCACUUCGGCGUGCUAACCAUCGCACUUCAGCGUGGACCAUCGCACUUCAGCGUAACGACCAUCGCACUUAAGCGUAUCUAUCAACAAGUUAACGUCACAAUGUGACCAUCGCACUUCGGCGUGUUAACCAUCGCACUUCAGCGUGGACCAUCACACUUCAGCGUGACCAUCGCGGUUCGGAGUACCAUCGCACCUCCGAGUCCAACAU